GGCGUACUGGAGAGCGUGGCGGAUGUUAGUCGAUUUUGAAUUUUCAGAUUUUACCACAAGAAGAUACGGGAUCGCGCCCAAAGUAGUCAAUCAUGAGUUGGGCGGUGGAGGAAUGGAAAGAUGGCCUUUCGGGGAAAGCCCUCCAGAAAGUCCAGGAGCUCGAAGGCCAGCUGGACAAAUAUAAAAAAGAGAAAAAUCAGAAACAGUUUCAGCUGGACUCUCUGGAGGCUGCCUUGCAGAAACAGAAACAAAAGAUGGACAGUGAGAAGAGUGAGGCAUCGGCUAUGAAGAGGGAGAACCAGUCUCUGUUGGAGUCAUGUGACUCUCUGGAAAAGGCUCGUCAGAAGGCAAGCCACGACCUCACUGUGAAAGAACAACAGGUGAACUACCUCGAGGGUCAACUCAGCGCGAGCAAGAGGACUAUCGAACGCCUGGAGCAGGAGCUGAAGAAGUACAAGAAUGACUUUGACAGGUCGCAAACCUCCCACUCGUCUGAGCUGCAGUCCUUUUGCACCCCACAGAAGACUUUUGCCACCCCUGCAGCCACUCCCAGCUUUAGACAGAAUGAUUCCAGGCUUGAAGAUCUGCAGGAGAGAUAUAACCAUGAGUUGGAAGAGAGGAAGAGACUGGAGGCUGAGCUGAAAAUAAUGCAAGUCAAGAUGUUAAAUCAGUCGUCCGUGAGCCACAAGGACAUAGCAGCCCGGCAACAGGCUGGCUCUUCGAUAUUCCCAUGGCAACAGCAGAACCAAUCGCAGAGCCACCAGUCCCAGGGAGCCAUAGAAACGCCACUGAAGAGGCGUGGCGGUGCGGCGUCCUCUGGCUUCCUGUGGAACGCGGAGGAAACGCCCGUUAAGACGAACCAACGAAUCAGCACGUCCGUAUCGCAUGGCGUCUCUGGAGACUCCUCCCACCAACAGAUGGAGCAGCUAAGGACCCUCAACCACGAGCUGAAGAGCAGAGUGGGUGAGCUGGAGCAUCGUGUGGCCGCCCAGGACAGAGAGGUGAAGAGCCAGGCGUCCAGGCUGCAGGAGCUCCUGGCCCAGCUGGACCAGGUCCGGAGGGACCUGACCGAGAAGGACCGCGCCCUGAGCAAGAGCCGGGACGACGUCGCCAAGGCCACCACGCAGCACGAACAGGCUGUCGCCAAGUGUGCGUCAGUGGAACAGAAGCUGAAGCAGGUGUCUGAGGAGAUCAGUUGCCAGAGGCACAAUGCUGAGAGCUCCAAAAGAGCCCUGGAGCAGAAGAUUAAGGAUCAGGAGAAGGAGAGCCAGAAGGAGCUGGCACACCUGCAGAGCAGCCACCAGGCCCUAGAUCAGCAGUUCAACCAGACCAAGACCAAGCUAAACCAAGAGAUCCAGCAAGCCAAGAAAGACCACAACAUCGUCCAGUCUGAGCUAGAAAAGCUGACAUUCCAGAAAGUUCAGAUGGAGAAAGAAGUGGAGGAGCAGAAACAGAAGUUGUUCCGGUCUGAGCAGAGCCUGCAGGCCAGCCAGACCAAGGAGCUUGACAUCAGGAAGAAGUUUGAGGAGCUGCAGAAGGAGAAGAACAACCUGAGCUCCCAGCUGGAGCAGGGUGGCAGGAAGCUGUCUCAGCUGGAGGAGGAGAGGAAGACCUGGGAGCAGAACCUGAAACGCAGCCAAAACAUGGUGGAAGACCUGAGAGCUAAAACUGAAGCUCAGGGUGAGGAGCUGAAAGGACUUAAGACAAAACUGGAGAGUCAAGCCAUGGCCUCCUCCCAGGAUCUGGAGAACCUGAAGAAAAGUCUGUCCGACACGGAAGUGAAAAUAGAGAAGUCCCACGUCGAGCUGCAGAAGCAAAAGCAAGAGGUGGAACAGCUGUCAAUCAAGCUCAACGCCAUGGAGAACGAGAACAAAGACCUGAAGGCAACCUUGGGCAGCAGCCAGAAAGAGUGUGUGGACCUGAGAAAGGAACACGAAUCUCUGCUUCAGUGGAAAACCGAGAAGGAAGCACUUAUUAACGACACCGAGACCGUGCAGCAAGGCCUGACCAGCAGAAUCAGCGAGCUGGAGAAGAGCGCGGUGUCCCUGAACGACGACAACAGCGUUCUAAAGGACCUGCUGAAAACCCUAGAAGAGGAGAAGGCCAGUCUGUGCGGUCAGAUCGAUUCCCUCAAGAGUGAACUGCUCAACAAGUGCACCGAGCUGGAGGAGAAAGAGCGACUGCGCGAAGAGCUCCUGGCCCAGCUGUCUGAGGUCGGACAGAAGCACUCCAAAGACCUGGAGAACGUAGGGCUCCAGGUCACACGCCUGGAAGACCAGGUGAAAGACGUAGAGAGCCGUCUCCAGCAAGAAAGCGAUAGGGCGGAGAGGGCAGAGAAGUCUCACGUGGAGCUCUCGGAGCAGUACCAGGUGGCCUGCGACAUGGCCCAGUCCAAAGACUCUGUGAUCGAGCUGGGCCAGGCUGAGGUAUCUCGGCUCCAGGAGAGUGUCGCCCAGGCCACCGCCCAGCUGGAUCAGCUGCAGGCCAGGCUUGCGGAGGAAAGGACCUCUCUCCUGAGGGAUUGCGAGGAGAGCGUAGCCGUAAAGGCGGAGGAGGCGGAGCAGGCCAAGCUGGGGCUGAUCAAGUCUCAACAGGAGCUCUCCUUCUUCCAAGACCAGGUUUCAUCUCUAGAAUCAGCCCUGAAGUUUCAUAAAGACUUGGGGGCUGACCUUCAGACUAAGUUUGAUGACUUGGUGAAAACUAAAGAGGAUCUCUUGGAGAAGCUCUCUGAGGCUGAUAAAAAGAAAGAGGGUUUGCAAACGGAAAUCGAUGCCCUUUCGGAACGGGCGAAGACGGCCGCCAAACUUCAGGAGCAAUGUGACGUACUGACAGCUGCGGAUCAGGAAAAACAAAAUGCCCUACAGAAUAUGUCAGAGGCUUUAGCCCAGACAGAGAAUGACAUUAAGACACUCAAGGCACAGACGAGUGCUGCAGAGGACAAGGCUUCUGAAGUGGAGAAGCUCAAUGAACAGCUGUCAGAAAAAGUACAGGAGAUUGAAAAGGAGGGAGAGGCAAAAUAUCAAAGCCUUCACGACUCCCUGAAUGAAGAGAAAGAUAUUCUCCUGAAGCAGAUCGCUGCGCUUAAGGAAGAGAUUUCUGAGAGAGAGGCUUCGGCAGAGAUGCUUUCUGCUUUGAAAACCGAGCUGGAAGAGGUAAACCAGAUGUGUGCUGACCUCAGAAAGACCUUGGAUGCUUUAGAGAAGAGUCAUGCGUCUGCUCUUGAGCACAAUGCAAACCUGGAGAGCAGCGUGGAGGAGAAAAUCAAACAAAUAGCCUGUCAGGAGAACGAGAUCAAAGAAAUCUCCCAACGACGCCAUGAUGAAUUUGAGAAACUGAAGGAGGAACAGGAGAGGAAAUGCAAAGAGGCAGCAGAGGCUAAGGAGCUGUGGGAGAGCGCCUCGUCAGAGCUCUCGAAGCUCAGGGAGGACGGUACCUCUCGCGACAGCAAGCUGAAGGAAGUUGACGAGGCUUAUAACCUGGCUUGCCAAGAGGUCGAAAACUGGAAAGAAGCCAUGUCGAGCCAGCAGAAAGAGAUGAAGUCAAUGAAAAGUUCUCUCUCUGCUGCUACCAACGGCCUAGAAGAGAAGGAUAACGAGAUCAAGAAUCUGAAGGAUAAGUUGAACCAUGCGCAAGCAGAGCAGGCCAAAGCAACCGAUUCCCUCAAGGAGAAGGUCAUGAGUAUGAACAGGAUCAAGGUCCAGCUAGAGAUGCUUCAAAUGGACCUGGAGGACAACGAAGCCUGCAUCAGCUCCUACGAAGCACAGAUAGAGGAGCUGAGAGGAACUGUGGCUGCUCUGGAGGUCAAACUAGCGGAGAGUGAGACUCUGAAGUCCACUCUAGAGCGCGAGUUGGAAGAGAUCAAAACCCAGAGAUCCGUCCUAGAGACCCGGUUUGAGUCCCUUGAGGAGGAACUUUCCUCAAGGAGCACUGAAGUCACACAGCUGGCUGCUAGUCUGGAGGAUGCUCACAGGCAGAACCAGACUCACCUUACCUCUGCUGACCAGGUGAGUUCUCUGCAGGCCACGGUCGACGGUGUCCUGGAGCAGUUGGAAGAGGAAGUUAGGAAACGUGGAACCGUCGAUGCUAAUGUGACUCAGCUAACUGAGGAGAAACUCCAGCUGGAUGCUAACGUGACUCGGCUAACUGAGGAGAAACUCCAGCUGGAUGCUAACGUGACUCUGCUAACUGAGGAGAAACUCCAGCUGGAUGCUAACAUGGCUCAGCUAACUGAGGAGAAACUCCAGCUGGAUGCUAAUGUGACUCAGCUAACUGAGGAGAAACUCCAGCUGGAUGCUAACGUGGCUCAGCUAACUGAGGAGAAACUCCAGCUGGAUGCUAACAUGACUCUGCUAACUGAGGAGAAACUCCAGCUGGAUGCUAACGUGACUCUGCUAACUGAGGAGAAACUCCAGCUGGAUGCUAACGUGGCUCAGCUAACUGAGGAGAAACUCCAGCUGGAUGCUAAUGUGACUCGGCUAACAGAGGAAAAACUCCAGCUGGAUGCUAACGUGACUCGGUUAACUGAGGAGAAACUCCAGCUGGAUGCCGACUUGAAGAGGCACGAACUGAACUCCCGAGACGAGGUGGAGGCGGUCAAACGAGAGAACGAACGCCUCCAAGCGGCCCUCCUGAGCCUAACUGAAGAACACGAAGGUCUGAAGGUUGCCGUUGAGAGGGCCGACCGGAGUAAGGAGGAGGCCGGUGUGAGGAACCAAGAGUUUGAGAGGGAGCAAGCAGAGUUGCACAGGAGGCUCGCAGGGUUGCAGGAGGAGUCGACCUCAUUUAAGGAACAGUAUGACGUCCUGCUGGCCCAAGUGACAGAGCAGCAGAGUCGUCUCCUGCAACUGCACACUGAGCAUGUGCAGCAGGAAGAGGUCAGGAGAACAUCAGAGUCGAUGGUGGUCAUCAACUCAACACUGGAGGAAGAGGACGCGACAGGGGCAAAGCCGUCAGACAGAAUCAACAGCAGCAUGGAGGGGGUGAAUGGAGGAGGAGAAGAGUCGUCGAUGAAGUCUGAAGAGUGGGAGGAUCUAUCUGGUGUGUUUGAGGAGCUGGUCCAGACCAUGGAGGAGGAGAAGGAGAAGGAGGGGGAGGAGGAGUGGAAGGAGGAGGAGUUGAGAACCUCCCUGGAGCCUACUCAGGAGCCGCUGGAACAGCAGCAACAUCCUGCACAGCAGGAGGCCUCAGACAGCAUUGAGGAGCUGGUCUGUACCGCUGCACCCGAACCCAUUGAGAGCGCAAACGGCAGCAUCACGGAUAGUUUGUCUCCGACAACCACCACCCCUCCUCAUCCCCACCCUGUACGGCCAGGGACCGACCUAGAGGUGAACGGGGAGGCGGUCCAAAGGCUGCAGGGGGAGCUCCUGAGCCUCCACGCCCAAUUCGACCUCCUGACCUCCGAGAUGGCCCUCAGGAAGGAGCUGUGCUCCCAGCUGGAGGUCAGAGUUCAGGCGGCCGAGGAAGAAAGUUGUGGCUCCGCACAGAGGCUCUCCGCCGCGCUGAAGGAGAGACGGGAGAUGGAGGACAAGCUGUUGGCGCUUGCAGAGGAGGCAGACUCUCUGAGGCUGCAGCUUCAGACGUCUAAGUGUCAGUUGUCUGAUGUCCUGGAGAUGCUGGAGAACCUGGAGGUGGCCAAAGGUGGCUGGGACGAGCGGUUCCUCCAGCAGGAGAGUGAGUUGAAGAGGGUUCGCUCGGAGAAGGCCAACCUGGAGUCUCACAUCCUGUCAAUGGAGGCGGACCUGGAGAUUAUGCAGGGCCACAAGCUCCGCCUGGAGGGGGAGGUGGAGGCCCAGCGCCGGGCUGCCUCUGUCCUGGAGCAGCAGCUAGGGGCCCUGGGGGCUGACGCCAGCCAGCUGCGGACGGAGCUGGGGGCCGUCACCGAGGACCGAGAUGAGCUCGGCCUCUCCCUCGCCCGGUGGAAAGAAGAGGCGGAAAACCUGGAGAAGACCAACGUAGACACCAGGGAGCUCAUCAAGAUCCUGGAGGAGGAUAUCCGAGUGGGGAAGAAGGAAGUCGGAGAGGCCGUGGGGAGCCUGGAGAGCUUCCAAAAGGAGAAGGAGCAGCUGGCGGGGCAGUGCCGGGCCUUGGAGGAGGCGGUCACGCUGGAGAUUCGAGGGAAGGAGGAGAUCCUCAAGGAGCUGAACGCGUUUAGGGACGACCGGAACGCAGCCUGUCUCGACUCCGAGUCCAUGGUCACCAAGAUCCAGAGCCUGGAGGGAGAGGUCUCCCGUCUGGCCCAGUCGCUGGAAUCCUCCCUGCUGGAGAAGGGCGAGAUCGCCUCCCGCCUCAACUCCACCCAGGACGAGGUGAGGCAGAUGAGGUCGGGCAUCGAGAAGCUGCAAGUUCGGAUCGAGUCCGACGAGAAAAAUAAGAAGCGCAUGGCCGAGCUGCUGAAGAGCGCCCAAAGGAAGGCGGAAUCUCUCCAGGACCGCAUCGAGUCCCUGGAGAGGGAAGGGGAGGUGACCGAGGGGAACCUGGAGGAUGCCAUCAUGCAGUCCGAGGCUGCUAAGGCCGAGCUGGAAGUGGUGGAGGAGGAAAAGCAAGCCCUGGAGAAGAGAAUCGGGGAGACGACCGAAGAGCUGAGCAACCUGAGGGCGGAGAAGGAGAGGCUGGAGAAGGAACUGGUCCAGAAGAACGCUGAGAUCCAGGAGUUGAAGGCGGCGAAGCAGGCCGCUACCACGGAGCUGCAAGAGAAGGAGGCGGAGAGGGAGGAUCUGCAGAAGUCUGCGGAGGAGUGGCGGAGAGAGGGGGAGAGGCUCCGUGCUUUGGAGGAGACGUGGGAACAGGAGAGAGAGAGGCUGGCUGAGGGAGAGGGCAGGAGGCUGGAGAAGGAGAAGGAAGAGUGGGAGGCCGAAAGAGAGAGGUUAGAGGGAGAGAAAAGAGUCCUGCAGGCCAGCCUGUCUUCUGCGGAGAAGGAUAGAGAUGAGCAGGAGGAGGAGAGGAUGAGGUUUAAAGGAGGAGAGGGAGAGUUUACGGUCGUCGGUCCUGUCUCUGGAGAGCGCAGCCGGCCAGCUGCAGCAUCAGCUGGAGACCUCCUCCCUCUCCAUCUCACAGCUCACCCAGUAACCGCCCUGCAGCAGAGCAACGGUCGGCUUCAGAGUAACCUGGAGGACACUCUAAAAGAGGCCAAGAAACUGAGAGAGGAUUUGGAGCAAGACAAAACUGAAUUUUCCUCUCAGCUGCAACAACAAGCAGAGAGCUACAAGUUAUCUCUGGAGGAAGUGACAUCAGAGAAAGAGGAGCUGAGGUGUCAACUGGCUAGCGUGCAGGAGGAGAAGAAGAAGGAGGAAGAGGAGGAGGAGAAGAAGAAGGAGAAGGAGGAGGAGGUGCUGAAACAAACCCAGCAGCAGGUGUCUGAGCUGAGCUCUCGCGUCGCCCGCCUGUCCAAGGAGAGAGACUCCGCCCUCAGCAAGAUGAACCUGUGGAUGAAGUCCUGCAAGCAGCUGGAGAAGGAGAAGGAGGCGUUGUUAAAUGAGGGCCACCAGCAGGGGGAGCUCAUCGCCAACCUUCAGAGCGGCCAUACCGGAGAAGCAGGUGGAGAAAGCGGUGAGGAGGUUCUGGCUGAGCUGCAGGAGCUGAAGAGAGCUUUGGAAGAACGGAAGAAAGAGGCGGAGGAGAGAAACAGGGAGUUGGAGGAGAGCAGGAAGGAGGUGGAGGAGCUGAGCAAGGCCUUGGAGGAGAGGGGUAGUGAGGCGGACGAGAGCCUGGACAAGUACUGCAGCCUGAUGGUGCGAGUCCACAAGCUGGAGGAGACCAACGACUCCCUGAAGACACGGCUAGAGCAGAUCAACCAGCAAGCUAGCAGCGCUAACGCUAACCAGGGCAGUAACGCUAACCAGGGCAGCAGCGCUAACGCUAACCAGGGCAGCAGCGCUAACGCUAACCAGGGCAGCAGGACCCCCAGGGGCCAGAGCAGGAAGUCGACCCAGAGGACACAGGAAGCAGUCACGGAGGACACGGAGAACAAGGCCGUGGGUCAGGGGUCAGGAAAGAGGGGGUCAGGGAAGCGGGGCAACGACGGCGACAAACCCUCCAGAGCCCAAGAGACCUUGCACAACCUGGCCAAGAGGAUCAAAGCGGGCGCCGUGGCAACCACGCCCAAAAAAGGAAGCCAUCAGGAAGAGGAGGAGUUUAGGCCGGAAGGACUUCCUGAGCUAGUGCAGAGAGGUUUUGCCGACAUUCCCCUUGGAGAGGCCAGCCCCUUCAUCAUAAGGAGAACCACUGUGCAGCAGCGCUGCAGCCCCCGCCUAGCCGCCCAACACACCUCGGCCCCCCCCUCCUCCUCCCAGAAGCAGCUGAGGCACGGUGCGCUCUCCCCUGCAGAGGACAGCAAGCUGUCGAAGGUGCUGGAGCCACUGGGUCUCCAGAGCACCGUCGGCAAGGAAACCCCCGUGACGGAAAGCCCCGACUGGAAAGGCUUGUGCGUUAGCCCCGCCCCCCACUCUCGGGAGAGUCGAGGACGGAGGUCUCUGAGCACGCGGAAAACUCCGGAACAGCGGGAGAAACGCAGAGAGGCCAUGAGCUCCCCGCGAGGGGAGGAGAACUGCCAAGUUCAAUAGAGAACUAGCAGAAACAGCACUGAAUAGACCAUAGUCAUGUGUGGUUAGGUGGGAGAGUAGGUGGUGUUAGCGCUUGAAUCAGUCAUCUUAUUCAGGACUACAGGAUAACUAGAACAGUGCUUGUCAAUGUUAACAGAAAAAUCAAGGGUUAUCUAAAGACAUGUUUUAAAAAAGAAAGAAAUGAUUUUAUCAAGUGUGGUUCCGGUUGCUGGUCCCCACUAACACUAGUUAUCUCUUGUACAGCUUUUAACUGCUUAGGUCGAAUACUAUUGGCUGUAACUCCAGAUUCAUCUGCUCUAACUGUUCAGUAGAUUUGUAGCUUCCUCCUUUACUCUGCUGUAUGAUAGCUUGUUGUCUCAAUAGUGUCAGAUAUGGCACUGUGUUUCUCUGUGGCAGCUGUAAAUGUUUUACAUGACAAAUGUUUUUUCUACGUUUUCUUUGAUCACAGUGCUAGUUUUAUUUUCCUCUGCGUACUUUUGGCAUUUCACUGUCUAGCUUUUGAGUCCUGUGCCAUUUGGGUACUGAUUGCUUCUCAGUACAUAACAGAUGUUGCUUAUAUUUUACAACCUUUUUCUAUUAAACAUUGUGUUCACGGUG